AGAGCUCGCUCACAUUCAGUGUUUCAACCGCUUAUCGAUUCUUGCGCGUGCUGGGGAGAUUCGGCGUUCAGCUUCGCGCGCUGAUGCUGGGGCGUGCUAUUGAGCGGCGAACUGUCGGUGUUCAUCAACAACAACAACAACAUGAAUCCUAACACUAAAUAAAUGGUUACCGGUCACGGGAGUCGGGGAAAGCUACUUUGGUGACGGUCACCGGCGCUUAAAAUCCCUAGACGGGGGAAGAGAGAAACGCGACGCGGAGUUGUAUGCGUUCUGUUGACAGGUGGACCGAUGCCGCCCGUUCAGAGAACUAUGUCGGAUCUCCGGACCCGAGCUGAAGGUUAUGAAAAGACAGAAGACACGUCAGAAAAGACUUCUUUAGCAGACCAGGAAGAUUCCAGACUAAUUUUUAUCAGUCAGCCCCAGUUCACCAAGUUCUGCAGUAAUCGGGUCAGCACUGCGAAGUACAAUGUCCUCACGUUCCUGCCUCGGUUCCUGUACUCUCAGUUCAGAAGAGCAGCAAACUCCUUUUUCCUGUUCAUCGCACUUCUGCAGCAAAUCCCUGAUGUGUCACCAACAGGGAGGUGGACAACACUGGUGCCAUUACUCUUCAUCUUGGUGGUGGCAGCAGUGAAGGAGUUUAUAGAAGACUUGAAACGCCACAAUGCUGAUAGUGUUGUUAACAAGAAAGAGACACAAGUAUUGAGGAAUGGCGCUUGGGAGAUUGUACAUUGGGAGAAGGUUGUGGUUGGAGACAUAGUUAAAGUUAAUGGCAAAGAUUUCGUACCAGCAGAUGCUAUACUGCUGUCAUCCAGUGAACCUCAAGGAAUGUGCUACAUUGAGACCUCAAAUCUAGAUGGAGAAACUAAUCUCAAGAUCAGACAGGGUCUGCAGAUCACUACGGACAUCAAGGACAUUGACAGUCUAAUGCGUCUCUCUGGACGGAUGGAAUGUGAGAGUCCCAACAGACACCUGUAUGAGUUUGUGGGCAAUAUUCGCCUGGAUGGACACAGCACCGUACCACUCGGUCCUGAUCAGAUCUUGCUGAGAGGAGCACAACUCAGGAACACACAGUGGGUCCACGGUAUCGUGGUCUACACAGGACACGACACCAAACUCAUGCAGAACUCCACGUCCCCCCCUCUGAAGCUUUCCAACGUGGAGCGCAUCACCAACUUUCAGAUCCUCUUGCUUUUUGGCUGUCUCUUGGCCAUUUCGUUGGUGUGCUCCAUAGGCCAGACCAUCUGGAAGUACCAGUAUGGCAAUGACGCCUGGUACAUGGACCUCAACUAUGGUGGAGCGGCCAACUUUGGCCUGAACUUCCUCACCUUCAUCAUCCUCUUCAACAACCUGAUUCCCAUCAGUCUUCUGGUGACUCUAGAGGUCAUCAAGUUCGUCCAGGCUUUCUUCAUCAACUGGGACACUGACAUGCUGUAUGAAGUCACCAACACACCAGCUAUGGCCCGGACAUCAAACCUGAAUGAGGAGUUGGGACAGGUGAAGUACAUCUUUUCAGACAAGACAGGCACCCUGACGUGCAACGUCAUGCAGUUUAAGAAGUGCACAAUUGCAGGCGUGGCCUACGGAUUUUAUGACCGCAGUGAUGUUUAUGGUAAGCAGUCUACGAAAGGUGAGACGUAUUGGACGAGGUCACGUCGAGGCCAUGGCUCUGAGCUUAUUGGAUGUUUACAUGCACAAGGACUUCAGAUCUUAUCACAGACAUGCCAACCAUCACAAAAUAUAUGUUCACAUUCAAAUUUAAUGGUGUCUCUUUAUGUUCUGCAUUCGGAGAAUAAAGCACAUGGCGGCAAUAUCAGUAACUUGCAGUUGCUGGGGGCCACAGCGAUUGAAGACAAACUUCAAGACAAAGUACCUGAAACCAUCGAGACCCUCAUGAAAGCUGACAUUAAGAUCUGGAUCCUGACUGGAGACAAACAGGAGACCGCCAUCAACAUAGGACACUCCUGCAAACUGCUUACGAAGAACAUGGGCCUGCUUGUGAUAAACGAGGACACCCUGGAUGCUACCAGGGAGACACUCAGCCAUCACUGCAGCAUGCUGGGAGAUGCUCUGCACAAGGAGAACGACUUUGCUCUCAUCAUAGAUGGAAAGACACUGAAGUAUGCCCUCACUUUCGGGGCACGCCAGUAUUUCCUGGACUUGGCUCUUUCCUGCAAGGCAGUGAUAUGCUGCAGGGUUUCACCUCUGCAGAAGUCUGAGGUGGUUGAGAUGGUGAAAAAACAGGUGAAAGUGAUCACACUGGCCAUUGGCGAUGGAGCCAACGAUGUGGGCAUGAUCCAGACCGCCCAUGUGGGUGUUGGCAUCUCUGGCAAUGAAGGACUGCAGGCUGCCAACUCAUCAGACUACUCUAUUGCACAGUUCAAGUACUUGAAGAAUCUUCUGUUGGUUCACGGCGCUUGGAAUUACAACCGUGUUGCCAAGUGCAUCCUGUAUUGCUUCUACAAGAACAUUGUGCUUUACAUUAUUGAGAUCUGGUUUGCAUUUGUGAACGGCUUCUCCGGUCAGAUUCUGUUCGAGCGCUGGUGCAUCGGCCUGUACAACGUGAUCUUCACUGCUUUGCCUCCUCUGACUCUGGGCAUCUUCGAACGCUCCUGCAGGAAAGAGAACAUGCUCAAGUACCCUGAACUCUACAAAACCUCCCAGAAUGCAAUGGGCUUCAACACCAAGGUCUUCUGGGCUCAUUGUCUGAACGGCCUAUUUCACUCAGUCAUCCUCUUCUGGUUUCCCCUCAAGGCCUUCCAGCACGAUACUGUCUUUGGAAACGGAAAGACACCAGACUAUCUCCUCUUAGGCAACAUGGUUUAUACAUUUGUGGUGAUCACGGUGUGUCUGAAGGCUGGGCUGGAGACAUCGUCCUGGACCAUGUUCAGCCACAUUGCCAUCUGGGGCAGCAUUGGAUUGUGGGUAGUCUUUUUUGGCAUCUACUCCUCAAUAUGGCCCCUGAUUCCUCUGGCCCCGGAUAUGUCAGGAGAGGCGGACAUGAUGUUCAGUUCAGGAGUCUUCUGGAUGGGUCUGAUCUUCAUUCCUAUCACCUCUCUGGUGUUUGAUGUGGCCUACAAAGUUAUGAAAAGGGUGUGCUUUAAGACCCUGGUUGAUGAGGUACAGGAGUUGGAGGCACUGUCGAAAGAUCCAGGAGCUGUGGUGCAUGGAAAGAGUUUGACCGAGAGAGCCCAGCUCCUGAAGAACGUCUUUAAGAAGAGCACCGUCAGUCUGUACCGGUCCGACUCCAUGCAGCAGAAUCUACUCCACGGCUACGCAUUCUCUCAGGAUGAGAACGGAGUGCUCUCCCAGUCUGAGGUCAUCAGAGCCUAUGACACCACCAAGCAACGGACCAGUGAGUGGUGAGAUCCGGCUCGCUGGGCUCCACCCAAUCUCAGCGGUCACUCAACUUUUUAAAGGCUGACAGAGAGCUGAAGCCUGUCAGUUUAACUUUGGCCAGCCUAGGGCACCCGGGGCAACAAUGGAUACGAAAAAUGAAGCAGUACGAGAGAGGGGAAAAAAAAUCAAGUUCUGCUGUGUUAUAGUUGUAUGUUCAACAGCAGACACGAGCACUGUGCUAGUAUAUUUUUGCCCAGCCUGCGGUCAGCAUGGUUUCUGGUCUGUCAAACAGAGGAGAACAGCAAAAAGAAUUGGCUCCCCUCUUUCCUCCGCCAUUCCUUCGGCUAUGAGUGUUACAGCCAAAAAUGUGCUGUUGAUGAGGGUGGUGAUAAAGGUGUUGAGACACAUUUGUGGUAAUGGUCUUUGACUGUGACUUCCUAAUCAUUAAUGGCACAUGAAACACUCCCUUUUGUUUUUAUAUCACAUAUGUAUUUUAUUUGCGUCAGAAAACAGGACGCAUGCCAGAUAACCAGAAAUUAAGUUCCCAAGAAUAUUAGAAAUGCAGUCCCUAUUUUAAAAACAAUAUUUAGAAAUUAUAAUUAAGUGUUUUUACACGCCUCAGAUGCUUUCUGCAUCUAUUUGACAACUUUACCCUUGAUUUUUAUUUUAUUAUUGUUCAUGUUAAAUUCUAAGCUAUCAAAGCCUUAUAUUUGUUGUUGCCUUCAGCCAUUACUUGGUAUGUUUUUAGUUUUGUUUUGUAUUUAGUUUGUUGUAUUUUAACUUUUGUUUAGUUUUCGUUUUGUACUUAGUUUUAAGUUUUGUUUUGUUUUUUGAUUUUGUUUUGAUCAGUCAGUUUGUCGUGCCUGGUUCUUCAGAUCUUAGCUUGCCUGUAUCUACCUUUUUUUUUUUUUACAAUUUGGCAACAUUUCAACAGCUUUUUUGAACACGUUUCUGCAUUCCACGUCUUACACGGCUGCAAUGAUCACAAAGGUGCCUAACAGGAAUUUUUUCCCCAGUGAGAUAGUAUUUCAGAGUCUCUAGCUAGGCAGCAUUACCGCACGCUUACACAUUAGACCAAAAUAAUGAUGUAUCAGGCUGCUACACAGGCAAAAUGAGAGCUUUUUAAGCCACACAUUGAACCUCUGCCCCAUUUAUGCGUUCGGCUCAUCGUAAGGGGCUCGUGCGAAACUCUUUUAGACGAUCAGAUGUUCACUAUGAUGUUUAUUUGACUUGGAACAGAGUGUUAAUCCCUCAAACAUAAGUGCCAUUAGCAUAGGGGAGGAACAGAGGAUUUUGCCAGACCCACACAGUAUCGAUACAACUUUGUCUCUAUAGUUAUUUAGUGAAUUUGUAUUUUUAUAUUGGUCUAAGUGUGACUUUUUGGACUGAUCUGCUUUGUAAUGAAAAUGUCGUCCCUCUUUUUUGUGGUUCCCCUCCAGAAGCUUAAGUGACUACAACUUAUCUUAUUAACGCUUCUUUAUUUGAUGGUGGAGUUUGUGCGUUGGUUUUCUUCUCCCUGUGGGAGAGCACGUUUUGUAUAGUGCAUCUGCGCAGUGUGUCUCGUCUGCAUGUACAUGUGAGCUACAUUUCAAAUGCGUGCGUGAGUGUUCGUGAUCCCGUCGGUAUGCAUGUCUGUUUAACUAUAUUAAAGCAACCUGAGAGACUCGAAUGAGGAUGCGUGUGUGACGUCCUCUGUGUUGUCCAGUUGUGUGCCGCUGCUUGUUUCGUUCGUCUGCACGACUCCAGGUAUACUAAUGGUGAGCUAUAUGCCGAUGCAUGUCCCUGUACGUCAGCAGGUGUGUGCAGGUGUAAGUGUGUGUGUCACAUGUGUCUGUAUGUCUCGGUUUGUAUGAAGCUCUGCUAAAGCUUGACCAGAGAUGUUGCACAAUGCACUCUUUUAACUUUUAUGUGAUGAAUAUUCUCUUAUCUAGUUCAUAUCAGUUGCAGUAUUAUUUAUAAGGAUGGAUAUGUACCGUACAUGUUCUUCUUUUUAGUUUCGGAUCUCACUGUAACUCUUCUUCUUCCAGCUGAAACGUGUUUUAUUUAACGUGGAAAGAAUACAUUUGUAGCUACUGUGCAUUUCGUUCCUUAAGCUGUGCUUUUGACCGAUCGUUGGCGUUGUGGGCCGUCAUUCGACUUGAACACUGGAAAUAUGAAGGGAUGAUGGUUAAAGGCUUGGACUGUUGCUUUCUAAAACCCCAUCUGUCAAAGUGACUGAUUGCAUGAAUGGAAAAGUGGUUCUUGGUUUAGCCUAAAUGUUAAUUGUACGGUGAAUCUCCCUCUAGUGUUGGUCACUUUAAAGAAUGAAAAUGCACUUUUAAAUGGUUUCAAAUUCUCUAUUGGGUGUUUUAUUUUUUUUCUUUCGGAUCUUUUUGUUAAAUGAUUGUUUAGCAUGUUGGAACUGCAAACUUUUAAGUGUUUUGUCUUAACUGCCAUGAAAGACUACUGAAAUAAACUUUCCAACUGAA